AAUAUUACACUUGACGGAAUUUAAAAUAUGAUGUAAAAAUCAUGAAUUUAAUUGAAAACAUGAUGUAAAAUUAUGCUUGAUUUGAUGCAGAGUCGUAAUUUCUCAAUUAAAACGCAAAGCAAAAGAUUCCGUCAAGUAUCGUGUAAAUUUAAUCUUAGUAAGACCUGAUUUUGCGUAUCAUUUGAUGCACAUAACCGGAGCGUGUUUUUUGAUGGAAUUUUACAUCUAAACAAACACAAUUUUAGCCUGAUUUGACUACGCUCGCUUGACAGUGCAAGUGAUGUGUCAGCCAUGUUUUGGAAAUCACUCGAGUUUCUGGCUUCAAGCAUUUUGUUGAAAGUCAACGAAAGUCUCCCAAAUUCCUAGAUUUGCCAAAUAAAAAAUAUCAAGCUGUACAAGAGGCAACCACGAUUCUCCGGAGGCGGAACAGAAACUAUGCCGGUCGUUGGUCGAACGGAACCUGUCCAGGUCCGGGUCCUGUCCAUCCUCAGUGUAGCAAUCAAAUUGGCCACCGCCUGCAACGCAAAUAUGUGCCGCCAGUUGACUAAUCCGAAAAAAAACAGAAAGACUCUGUGUGACUUCCCCGGUUCCCUCCUGGCAUAGUUGGACUGUCCCCGGUAAUGCUGCAGGAGUACGCCGACAGAACCUGAGCCACAAUAAAUGACCAACGGCGGCGGUACUACUCCGCCCACCGGUGCCCCUUUCCGGUAGAUUUCUUGUCGGAAUCUACGCUGGAACAUGCGCCACCAGCGACCCAGGAAUGCCACCGAAUGUAUCUCCGACGACGAAAACGGCUACAAGCACCCCGGCAAUCUCGGCGUGAUGAACAAGUCCCAGACGUUACCCCGCAGCAUGGGCGGCUCCAGGACGACCCCGACAGGUGGCAGCGGGGUAACGGGGACGGGUUACGGUGUUGGGCCUACCACAGCCGGAGCAGCAGGUUGUACCGCAGGUGGUGGCAUGCCGAAAAUCGUGCCAAAACCAGCGGAGACGCCCCCGACCAUUCGGCGGCAAUUUUCGAUUCCAAGUGGUUCCCCGAUUCGUAAAGCAAGCAACGGUUACGGCCACAGCGGGGGCAAGAAUACUCCACCCCGGUAAAGACGCCGCUCGGGACGGCGCUCUCAAGCAAUCAAUCCGGCCAGCAGCAGCAAAUCACCGGGAAAGGCGUCGAGCCCAAGUUGGUCCAGAUCAUCAUGGACGAAAUCGUCGAGGGAGGCGCCAAGGUCGAGUGGCAGGACCUGCCAUCCGUCCUACGAUAGAACCAGAGCCACAAGUGGUCCAGGAAUGCCACCGAAUGUAUUUCCGACGACGAAAACGGAACGGAUUAAGUGACCUUGUUACGGAAUUCCCUUGGAUUUUAUACGGAUUUUUCUGGGCAAAGUUCGAAAACGACGAUUACAGUGCAUGUUUAGACAAGUGUUGCAACGUUAUUUAAAAAAAAUAUAGCGAAAAAAGCAUGAAAUCGAUCAAACUUUUUUUAAUUCCUAACCUCAAAAUCACAAUUCUCCCAGCUAAAAUUACAUCAAUUUGAAUAUUACAUCGUCGUAAAAUCGAGUUUUGUAAAAUUCAAUGCAUCAAUAAAUGCCUUGCUGGAGUCAUGUAAUUUUCAAAUCUGAUGUAAAUUUGCAUCAGAUAUGACGCUCCAGUUAUGUGCAUCAAUUUAACAGAAUAUUACACGAUUAUUUUUUGGU